AUGUUAGAUACGCGUGAUGUUCGGAUUAGCAAUUACAAUAAUGAUAAUGAUUCAGACAAAGAGGCAUUACAAUUCACUGCAAAAGAGAGUGGAAGGAGUCGAAAAGACAGAGUAAGAUUUGAAAAAGAAAUGCUUGUGAAGAAAAACGAUAAUUUAAAGUCCAAUCAGAGUAGGAAGAAUGCUAAAAAGGCAGAUGAAGAAGAAGAUAAUAAAGAAGAUAACCUAGAAACCAAUCUAAUAAAAAAGAUGAUGGGUUUCAGUGGAUUUGGAAGUACGAAAAACAAAAAAGUGGAGGGAACAGAUUGCUACGGUGUCCAUAAAAUACAACAUAACGAGUAUAGACAGUACAUUAACAGAAAGAAAGGAUUUAACAGACCUCUAUCACCCACCAGAGGGGACAGAAAGGCACGAAGAACUCGGAAGAAGCACGGAAGAUGGAUCGAGAAGGCGGCAGAAAAAGCGGUAAUAAAGCACUAA